AUGGAAAAGCGGCCUACUUCGUUUAUACAGAAGAUAUCUCGUCUGGAAGUAAUUGGAUUAAUUGGACUAGUAAUAAUUGGGCCGAUUUUAAGAGGAAUAAGACGAGUUCUUGAUGCGAAUCCGUGUGCGCCUGCUUAUAUUGGCUUGUUUUUACCGGUUGUUUUGAAUUGUAUUGGGACUUCAAUUGGGAUUGCCGUGAUAAGUCGGGCUAUUUCUGGAGCAAGUAUUAGAACACCAGGAAUUGUAUACAAAGGUUUGAUUGGGAUGGUUAUUUGUGAAGCUAAUUUGAUAUUUAGUUUGAUGUCUUUCUUCUUCUUAAAAGAUCGGGCAGUUGCUAUCUUUGAACAAGGUUCGGAAAUAGAGUUAAAACACGUUCAUUCGGCUUGGGCUUUAUUUGGUAGUGGGAUGAUUUCUGGGAUGUGUGGGUUGAUUGGCUCGUUUGGUGGGGCUAUUGUUAAUACGGCCUCAACUGUAGCAUUAACUGGGAGUUCAAAGUGUUUUUCCAAACUGAUUAGUUUACAGAUGAUUGUUGGUGGUGUAGGAGCAUUAGGAUUGAUCUUAUCACUAUCUUUGCUUAAGCUAUGUGCAGAUUAA